AUGAGUUCAUGGUUACGAAAUAUACAAGGACAAUUGUCUGAUUUGGCGAAUGAAGUGUUGAAUGAGGCGAAUGAUGUGUUGGCGGAGGCGACGGAAGAGGUUCCAGAUCCUGAUGGAGAGAUUAUUGUAGCGAAGAAGAAAUGUGCUGAAGCGGAGAAACAACUGGCAAUCGAAUCGGCACGAGUUGAAUCUCUAUCGAAUGAGAAGAGCCAUUUGGAGCAACAACUCUAUGAUGCACACGUUGAAAUGGACACAAUUGGGACGAAACUCAAUGGAAUGGUCAGGCAGAGAGAUGAGGAGAUCAAAAAGUUGAAGAACCAAAUGGAGCAAAUGGCAGAGUCCGGUUGGCACGAGACAUCACCUCCAGUCUCAUUUCCAUCAGCGACUGAAGCUGAUCAAAUAAGAGAACUCCGUCAACAGAUAACUCAUUGGAAAUCAAUGGCUGAAAGAGGAGGAGAAGACGGGGAGGAGACGACUAUAAGUGUGAGAGAAAUGGAGAAGAGAAUCGAAUCGUUGAGACAACAGAAAGAACACGAAAUACAGACAAUUGUUGAGAGUCAUGCGGAUGCGAUGGUCGAGAUGAGAGAGAUGUAUGAGGAGAAGUUGAGUGCUAUGCAGAUUCUCCCUUACAACGCCUCGUCGUCGACAUCGAAUGCGGACACUCUCGACGCGGUUCUUCUGGAAAAAGAUGAAUUAAUGGGAGUGAAGUCAUCGACGAGAAGUACAAACGGAAGUGACGGAGAAGCCGCAGUUGUCGUUGAUCUCGGAGCACACGACGAUCUAGUGGAUGAGAGAAUCAGACAAAUGGAGGCGGAGUUAGAGAGAGCGAGAGACGAGAAGGAGGAGAUUCAGACGGCGUUGACGAGACAAGUGGAGACGUUACAAGAACAAAACCAGGAGCUGGCGAGUGCUUAUACCGAACUGAACACAGAUUUCGAGGCAUUCAAACAGCAGAAUACGGUAACUGUCAACGCGAAUACAGAUCUGAAUCGACGAAUCGAUUCGUUGAAAGCGAAUUUGAUUGAAUACGAAGAGAGAUACGAAAUGUGUAAAAAGGAAAACGCGGAUACUGUAGCCCAGUUGGAGAAGUUAUCAGGAGAUUUCGUUAGAUUAAGAGCAGGAGUUGCAAAUGUUAGUCAGAGGAGAGAAGAUUGUGAUGUUCUGGUGAAUGAAGAAGUGGAGAAGUUGAGACAUGCAUUGGAUGAAUCGAGAGGAGAAAGGGAACGACUUCGAGAGGAUGUACAGAAAUUCCAAGUGGCUGUUGGAGAGAUUGAUGUCGAAUUGGAGAAGUUGAGAGGGGCUAAUAGGCAGUUGUUGGCUGAGAAUAAUGCGUUGACCGAGAACUUGUCUAGAUACGACAUGACAAUGAAGGAAAUCAUAUCGUCGUCGGAAGAAGACAUUGGGAAAUUCCGUGAGCAAUUCAAAGAGAUUCAAGAUAAUCACAGUCAGCAACGAGAGGUAAUGACGGCUGAAAACAACGCGUUGAGAGAGGAAACCGAGGCAAUUAAACGGCAAAGAGACAUCUUGAUGGAAGAGAGUGCCCUUCUAAAAGAGGUAAACGAGAAGUUGAAGCAUAAAACGACGGCGGAGGAGGAGAAGAACAAAUUGCUCCAAGAGAAAUCAGAUCUCCUUCAACAGUGUUUGGAGAAGGAAAAAGCGGAACGACAUCAGGAGAAUCUGGAGAACGAAGAGGCCAGAAGGCGGAGAGAGGAGGAGAUUGUCCAGGCGGGAAGUGAUGGGAAUCUCGAGAGUGAGAAUCAAGUGUUGAAGCUUCAACUCAAAGAAGCUCUGAGUGCGAACACGGAGAAGACAGACGAAUGCGAGAAAUUGCAUAUCGAGAAUCGGAAUUUGGAGCGAGAAGUGGAUCUCCGUCAGAGUUGUGUCGAUGAAAUGAUUGCUCAGACGAAUACAUUACAAAUGCAACAGGAGAAUAUGUCGACUGCGAACAAGGGAUAUCAAUUACAGAUUCUGGCAAACGAGAGACAAAUUGUGCAAUUGGAAGAGAAAUUGGCAGAAGAGACGCAGAGAAAUGAGGAGAAUGAGAAGAAAGUGAAACGGUUGGAAGAGGUGAUUGUCGGAGAUUUUAUGGAGAAAAGAGAGGAGAGCACUUCGGAUGAUGGGAAGAUCAGGGAUGAAGUUGGCACGUUGAAAAGAUAUUGUGCUGAGUUACAGUCAAAAUUGUCUGAAACCGAAGAGGAGCUGAAAAUAGUGAAAGAGCUGAAAGUGGAAGAGAGUAACGAGGCAGCACAAAUGAGAAAAGCACUCGAGAAGGAGCUAUUUGAAGCGGAGGAAGUGGACAGAGGACUGUUGGAGGGAAUCGAGAAACGAGUGAAAGAUAUGGAAGAGCAAUUGGAGGCGAAAGUGAAGGCGUUGGAGACGGCUGAAACUGAGAAAUCGGAAUUGGAGAAACGAGUUGAGGAGAUGAGAGAACAGAUUGAGGAGUUGGAAUCACUUAGAACGGAGAGAAAUCAAUUGAAUGAGAAAGUAGCUGAGUUGAUUCAAUCGCAAACUCAACUGACCGACUCUCUUGCUCAAUCUGACAUUGUCGCCCUAUUAGGUGUUGAAGAGCUUCGAUCCACUCUAACAGCGCUGAAAAUCGAGAAUGAGGAGUUGAAAACUUCCAAAAUAGAGGAAUUGACGACGAUGGAACAACUGCGUGCCCAGUAUACAGUACUCCAUGAAGAGACGAACGAAUUGAAGGGAACUGCGAAGAUGCAACAGGAAGAGUACUUGAAAGCUCUAUCGGGGGUUGACGAGCUUCGGACGGAAAUUCAGAAGCUGAAAUUGGAGAAUUUAGAGUUGAAAACCGCUCAUUCCUCGACUGAAACUGACUCCACGACAGUCGAAGAACUGCGUGCUGCAAUUACAGCUCUGCAAGUUGAAAAUGAGCAUUUGAAGGGAGUUGCGAAGACACAAUACGAUGAGAAUCAAUCGGAGAUUCAGAAGCUGAAAUCGGAGAAUCAGGAGUUGAAGACCACCCAAUCCUCGACUGAAACUGACUCCGUGACAAUCGAAGAACUCCGUGCUGCAAUUACAGCUCUGCAAGCUGAAAAUGAGCAUUUGAAGGGAGUUGCGAAGACUCAAUACGAUGAGAAUGUGAAAUAUUAUGAACAAUUUCAAGCGAUGGCUACUCAUAAUCAACAGAUUCAGGAUCAAUUGAAUCAAAAUAAUCAGGAGAAUGAGAAGAGAGCGAAAGAAUUACAGAGACUCAGAGAGCAUUUAAUGAUUGUUGAGGAGAAUUCGACGAGAGAAGCCGUCGAAGCGGAGCAAAGAGAGACUGAGUUGAGAGAGAGAAUCAAGGGAUUGGAGGCGAGAGGACAUCAAGUCGAGGAAGGCGCCACAGAGACGAAUCAACAGUAUCAAGUACAGAUAGCCUCACUGACUUCCCAGCUGGAAUCUCUUCAAAAAACGGCGAAUCAAUGGGAAGGAAAGUAUAAGAAUGAGCAGAAAACGAGAGAACAGACCCAAGAAGCACUGACAAGUCUCCAGAAUGUUGUCAGAGAACUCUCCGUUGAUCACGAGAGAGACGCAGCAACUGCGAGUCAUCGAAAUCUCGAAUUACAGACGUUGAUUGGGUCCCUAAACGAGGAAAUCGCUCAAAUCCGUGAGGAAAUGGACCGUCAAUCGAUUGGAAGACAGGCGGCUGAAGAAGAAUCAGAGAGACGACAGUUACAGUUGGAUUCUAAACAGAAAAUUAUUGAAGACCUCGAAAAUCAGAUCGAAGAACUCCGUUCGAAGCCGAAGAAGCCGACUGAAUCAUAUCGUAUCGAUGAUUCGACUCUCCGUCAACUAUUCCUCACUUAUUUCAUGUCGGAUGCCACGAAACGGCCAGAUAUCGCCCUUCUUCUCGCGAAUAUCCUAGAGUACCCACCUGAUGAAAUGGAUAAGUUCAAAUCGGCAGUCCGUCAAUCAUUCGGACAGUCGACGUCUUCUCUCUUCUGGGGAUCGUCACGGUCAUCGCCUGGACCGUCGUCCACUUCUGGAUCGAUUGCUGAUCAAUUCAUACGAUUCCUCGAAACAGAAUCCGAAUCGUCUCGAACUGCUCCACAUCUUCCGUUGAGAACUCAAAAUGAGCCACCGCCACGAAUGUCGAUGGACUCCAGCUCACAGAGAUCACCGAAUCCACCCAACAAUCAAGCGUCCGCCUCUUCAUCGGCCGCCGCACUCGAUUCGUUGCUUCGAUAA